AAGCGAGCCUGUCGUCGUGCAGACCGCGACAGCGCCGGACCGUUCUUCACCGGCAACACAAUAAAACACGUGGCCGGCACAUCGAACCUACAAAAAAUGGUGUCUGGUGAUUUAACUUGUGAGGUAGGCCCGCCAUGCAGCCUCGUGUUGGCUGAUGGGUCCGUCUUUCAAGGUCGAAGUUUUGGAGCACAGGUGCCAGUAGAUGGAGAAGUUGUGUUUCAGACUGGUAUGGUCGGAUACCCGGAGUCACUGACCGACCCAUCUUAUCACGCGCAAUUGUUGGUGCUCACGUACCCACUGGUCGGCAACUAUGGCGUUCCUGACGAAGAAGAACGAGACGAACAUGGAAUACCUAAGUGGUUUGAAUCCAACCGCAUUUGGGCAGCUGGGUUGAUUGUUGGUGAGGUUAGCACACAUGCGUGCCACUGGCGUGCUAAACGCUCCUUGGGCGCCUGGUUAGCGGCGCGAGGAAUCCCAGGCGUCUGUGACGUGGACACCAGAGCUCUAACGUUCCGACUCAGAGCUGGUGUCACUUUAGGACGUAUCGUUCAAGGCGUUCCACCGUUUGGCCCAUUACCGGCUUUAUCAGAUCCAAAUAACAGAAACUUGGUUGCCGAAGUCUCUGUAAAGGAACCUAAAAUAUAUAAUCCUAGUGGACAAGUAACGAUAAUGGCGGUCGACUGUGGGUUAAAGUACAAUCAAAUUAGAUGUUUGAUCAAAAGAAACGCAAAGGUAAUACUGGUACCUUGGGACCACAAGCUAGACCCUAGCCAGUACGAUGGUUUGUUCAUCAGCAAUGGUCCAGGCGACCCUGUCAAAUGUAAGAAAUUGGUGGACAAUAUGCGAGCUAUUAUUGCAGAUAAAAACCAUGUCAAACCUUUGUUUGGUAUCUGUCUCGGACAUCAGUUGCUGUCCACUGCAGCUGGCUGCAAGACUUAUAAAACCAGCUAUGGAAAUCGAGGACACAAUUUGCCCUGCACACACAAUGGAACUGGUCGCUGUUUCAUGACAUCACAGAAUCAUGGGUUCGCCGUCGACGCAGACUCUCUACCAGAAGGUUGGAAAAUAUUAUUUACAAACGAAAAUGACAAAACCAAUGAAGGCGUUAUUCAUGAAACUUUGCCAUACUUUAGUGUUCAAUUCCAUCCCGAACACACAGCUGGGCCCACCGACUUAGAAUGUCUUUUUGAUGUAUUUAUUGAUGCAGUAAAAAGUUACAAAAAUAAGCAGGAAUGCAAUAUAGACAACUCUAUUACAGAAAAAAUAAAAUUUGUGCCAACUAUUCACGAAAGGCCAAAAAAAGUACUCAUUCUUGGAUCCGGUGGUUUAUCGAUCGGUCAAGCUGGAGAAUUUGAUUACUCUGGAUCGCAGGCAGUGAAAGCCUUACAAGAAGAAAAAAUACAAACGGUAUUAAUUAAUCCUAACAUUGCCACUGUACAAACAUCAAAGGGCCUAGCUGACAAAGUAUAUUUUCUUCCUAUUACGCCGGAAUAUGUAGAACAAGUUAUUAAAGCAGAACGACCUACGGGCGUACUCCUGACAUUCGGCGGUCAGACUGCUUUAAACUGUGGUGUAGAAUUAGAAAAAUCCAAGAUUUUAGAAAAAUACAAUGUAAGUGUCCUCGGAACUCCCAUCCAAUCGAUAGUAGAUACAGAAGAUCGAAAGAUAUUCGCUGAAAAAAUUCAUGCCAUUGGAGAAAAAGUUGCUCCAAGUGCAGCUGUAACAACAAUCGAAGAAGCUCUGAAAGCUGCAAAACAAAUUGGUUAUCCAGUCAUGGCUCGAUCUGCAUUCUCGUUGGGUGGUUUAGGAUCCGGCUUCGCUAACAAUGAAGAUGAACUCCGUACACUUGCACAUCACGGUCUAUCCCAUUCCGAUCAACUCAUAAUUGACAAAUCUCUCAAAGGCUGGAAAGAAGUGGAGUAUGAAGUGGUUAGAGACGCGUUCAAUAAUUGUAUCACAGUAUGCAAUAUGGAAAACGUUGAUCCCUUAGGUAUACACACAGGAGAAUCGAUUGUAGUUGCACCCAGUCAAACCUUAUCUAACAGAGAGUAUUACAUGUUGAGAAAUACUGCAAUCAAAGUAAUUCAGCACUUUGGAAUAGUAGGUGAAUGCAAUAUUCAGUAUGCAUUAAACCCGAAUUCCGAAGAAUUCUACAUUAUUGAAGUUAAUGCAAGAUUAUCCAGAAGUUCAGCAUUAGCCAGUAAAGCAACUGGUUACCCUCUAGCUUAUGUAGCUGCAAAAUUGGCUCUAGGUAUUCCGUUACCAGUUAUAAAAAAUUCAGUGACCGGGGUAACUACUGCUUGUUUUGAACCGAGUCUCGAUUACUGUGUUGUUAAAAUUCCAAGAUGGGAUUUGGCUAAAUUUAACAGAGUAAGUACAAAAAUUGGGAGUUCUAUGAAAAGUGUUGGAGAGGUUAUGUCUAUAGGUAGAAGUUUUGAAGAAGCAUUCCAAAAAGCGUUAAGAAUGGUAGAUGAAAAUGUCAAUGGAUUUGAUCCAAACAUUAAAAAAGUAAAUGAAGACGAACUGAGAGAACCAACAGAUAAAAGAAUGUUUGUACUUGCCGCUGCUUUGAGAAAUGGUUAUACAGUGGAUAAAUUAUACGAAUUAACAAAAAUUGAUCCUUGGUUUCUCCAGAAGUUUAAAAAUAUAAUAGAUUAUUAUAAAAUUUUGGAAGCCGAUCAUCAUGGUUCCAUUCCUUUUGACGUCUUGAAAAAGGCAAAGAAAAUUGGAUUUUCCGAUAAACAAAUUGCUGCAGCAAUAAAAAGCACUGAAGUCGCGGUUAGAAAGUUAAGAGAAGAAUAUAAAAUCACUCCUUUUGUAAAACAAAUUGAUACAGUUGCAGCAGAGUGGCCGGCUUCAACAAAUUAUUUAUAUUUAACUUAUAAUGGCAAUACCCACGACCUAGACUUUCCAGGGGGAUUUACUAUGGUUCUGGGAUCAGGUGUAUAUCGUAUAGGAAGUUCUGUUGAAUUCGAUUGGUGCGCUGUCGGCUGUCUCAGAGAACUAAGAAAUCAAGGUAAAAAGACAAUCAUGAUAAAUUAUAAUCCCGAAACCGUCAGCACUGACUAUGAUAUGAGUGACAGGUUGUAUUUUGAAGAAAUAUCCUUUGAAGUUGUUAUGGAUAUUUAUAAUAUCGAACAUCCGAAUGGAGUCAUAUUAUCUAUGGGAGGACAGUUACCAAAUAAUAUUGCAAUGGAUUUACACAGACAGCAAGCAACUAUUCUUGGUACUUCGCCCGACAUGAUUGAUAAUGCUGAAAACAGAUUUAAGUUUUCGAGAAUGUUAGAUCGUAAAGGUAUAAUGCAACCUAGGUGGAAGGAACUUACAGAUUUAGAAUCAGCUAUUAGUUUUUGUGAAGAAGUUGGUUAUCCUUGCCUGGUACGCCCAUCGUAUGUUUUGAGUGGUGCCGCCAUGAAUGUCGCAAAUUCAAAUCAAGAGUUGGAAACUUACUUAAAAUCGGCAAGUUUAGUUAGCAAAGAUCACCCAGUGGUCAUUUCUAAAUUUAUUAUGGAUGCUAAAGAAAUUGAUGUCGAUGUAGUUGCUGCAGAUGGUGUUAUUUUUUGUAUGGCUGUUUCUGAACACGUUGAAAAUGCAGGUGUUCACUCAGGAGAUGCUACAUUGGUUACCCCACCGCAAGAUAUCAAUAAUGAAACUUUGGAUAAGAUUAAAGAAAUAGCCAGUAUCAUAGCUGAAACUCUAGAUGUUAAUGGGCCAUUCAACAUGCAAUUAAUUGCAAAAGAUAAUGAACUCAAAGUAAUUGAAUGCAAUGUAAGAGUUUCACGAUCGUUUCCUUUUGUUUCUAAAACACUAGAUCACGACUUUGUUGCAAUGGCUACUAAGAUUAUCUUGGGCUUACCGGUGGAACCGGUUAAUGUAAUGGCUGGCUGUGGAAAAGUAGGGGUCAAGGUACCACAAUUCUCAUUCUCCAGAUUGGCUGGAGCAGACGUUACUUUGGGAGUGGAAAUGGCAUCUACGGGUGAAGUAGCAUGUUUUGGAGAAAAUCGUUACGAAGCUUAUUUGAAGUCACUAAUGAGCACAGGUUUUCGAAUUCCUAAGAAAGCAAUUUUGCUUUCUGUGGGUACAUUCAAGCACAAAAUGGAGUUACUUCCCAGUGUGAGAAUUUUACAUAAAAUGGGAUACAAACUAUAUGCAAGUAUGGGUACAGGAGACUUUUAUACUGAGCAUGGAGUUGAUGUUGAAAGCGUUCAAUGGACAUUUGACCACAUAGGUGACCCUGAGGACGUGAGGUCAGAUGGAGAAUUGAUGCAUUUAGCUGACUUCAUGGCUAGACGAGAACUGGAUCUAGUUAUCAAUUUGCCUAUGCGUGGAGGAUCUCGUCGUGUAUCAUCGUUCACUACACAUGGUUAUCGUACUCGUCGUCUAGCCGUUGAUUACGCAGUUCCCUUGGUUACUGAUGUAAAAUGUGCAAAAUUACUUGUUCAGGCUAUGCAUUUAUGUGGUGGUGUUCCUGUAAUGAAAACUCAUACAGAUUGUAUGACAUCACGCAAUAUUAUAAAGUUACCUGGCUUUAUAGAUGUACACGUACAUGUACGUGAGCCUGGAGCUACGUAUAAAGAAGAUUUUGCCAGUUGUACUGCAGCCGCUCUUGCAGGAGGUAUCACAAUGAUAUGUGCAAUGCCGAACACCAAUCCUCCAGUAAUUGACCGCGCUUCCUACGAUUAUGCAUCAGCUUUGGCUCGAGUUAGUGCUCGGUGUGAUUAUGCGCUCUAUAUGGGAGCUUCAUCCACUAACUGUGAAACAGUUUCUGAAAUGGCUCCUCAAGCAGCUGCCUUAAAAAUGUAUCUGAAUCAAACAUUCACAACUCUUACUUUAGAUGAUAUGACAAUCUGGCAAAAACAUCUUCAAAAUUGGCCCAAGAAAAUGCCAGUUUGCUCCCACGCAGAGAAAGAAAAGACAGGAGCUGUUAUUUUAAUGGCCUCUUUGCUUGACAGACCUAUCCAUAUAUGCCACGUAGCAAGAAAAGAAGAAAUUCUAAUCAUUAAAUCGGCAAAAGAAAGAGGUCUAAAAGUAACAUGUGAGGUAUGUCCACAUCAUCUAUUCUUAAGCACAGCUGAUAUUAAUGAUAUUGGAGAAGGCAGGGCCGAAGUGCGGCCAGUAUUAUGCAGUCCAGAAGACCAAGCCGAACUUUGGAGAAAUAUAGACAUCAUUGACGUCUUUGCUACAGAUCAUGCUCCACACAGUGUGGAAGAAAAAAAUUCUGCUAAACCGCCUCCAGGUUUUCCUGGUCUAGAAACAAUUUUGCCACUACUUCUGAAUGCAGUUCAUGAAGGCCGUUUAACCAUGGAAGACCUUAUAAAUAAAUUCCAUCGCAAUCCUCGAAAAAUAUUCAACUUACCUGAACAACCGAAUACUUAUGUAGAAGUGGAUAUGGAUUAUGAAUGGACAAUUCCAAAAGCUAUGGAAUUUUCUAAAUCUAAAUGGACACCCUUCGCAGGAAUGCAAGUUUGUGGAGCAGUACAUCGUGUAACAUUACGAGGGGAGAUUGCGUAUGUUGAAGGACAAGUUUUAGUACCUCCUGGCUUUGGACAGAACGUCAGAGACUGGCCUACACCAAAAAAACAAACUUUACUUACAGUUGAAAAACCGGAGAAAGAGUUUAGUCGACCCAAUUCUGCACUUGAUGUACAUACGUCUGCAGAAUUGAGCAGAAUAAGUGACAUUGACUUUGAUCAAAUUGACAACAGGCCUGAAGGACCGUCCAAGCCUAAUGUCCAUUUCAGUGAAAUUGCAGCUGCACGGUGUCUAUCUCCACUACCUCCACAGACUACUAGACAAAGAUGUGACAGUACGUCUAACUAUAAUCCCCCUACAACUGCGGUGUCUCAGCGACAACGUAGUGACCUCUUCGGCAAGAAUAUACUAACUGUAGACUCUUUCAGUAAAGAAACUCUUAAUGAUGUAUUCAAUCUCGCACAGUUCAUGAAAACAAGUGUAAAUAAAGGCCGUUUCCUAGAUGACAUAUUACGAGGAAAAGUGAUGUCCUCUAUAUUUUAUGAAGUCAGUACACGCACUAGUUGUAGUUUUGCAGCAGCGAUGCAAAGAUUAGGUGGCUCUGUUAUUCACACCGAUGCGACGAGUUCAUCAGCAAAGAAAGGAGAAACAUUAGAAGAUAGUGUUGCAGUAAUGGCCAGUUACUCUGAUGUGGUGGUACUUCGCCACCCUGAACCCGGUGCAGUUGCGCGUGCUGCCCGAAAAUGUCGUAAACCUAUAAUCAAUGCGGGGGAUGGUAUUGGAGAACACCCUACACAGGCUUUACUUGAUGUCUUUACAAUUCGUGAAGAAAUCGGAACAGUUAAUGGAUUAACUAUCACUAUGGUGGGAGAUCUGAAGAAUGGACGUACUGUUCAUUCUCUAGCACGCCUUUUAACCUUGUAUCAAGUGCAACUACAAUAUGUUAGCCCUAAGGGAUUGGGCAUGCCAAAACACAUCACAGACUAUGUGGCCUCUAAAGGAAUACCUCAAAGAGUUUACGAAAGGUUGGAAGACGUACUGGCUGACACUCAUGUCUUGUACAUGACUCGGAUUCAACGCGAAAGGUUCCAGAGUCAAGAGGAAUAUGAAAAGACUCGCGGAUUGUUGGUGGUGACUCCACAAUUGAUGACUCGUGCUCGCAGGCGCAUGGUGGUGAUGCAUCCACUUCCACGGGUCGACGAGAUCUCGCCAGAAUUCGACUCAGACCCUCGAGCCGCCUACUUCAGGCAAGCUGAGUACGGCAUGUACGUUCGGAUGGCUCUACUGUCCAUGGUCGCCGGUGUCAAUCCUCUUACGUAGUAAAAAAAAUACUUUUAAUGCAUGAUAUCAUAAUUAUAUUCUAUCCUAAUCAGAGGUAAUUAAUCUCUGAGUCAGUUCUAUUUUUUAGGAAAAUGGAUUUUCAUUCGAUACUUAAUCAAAAGCUGGAGAUUAUCUUAAAUCAGAAGCUUUAUGUUUGCCGACAUUUUAUGUUAAGAAUCGUAUCGGCGAUUACGCUUCUAUAUCAAGUACCUAUACGUCAUGUGAUAUGAAGCUACCUGAUUUAACUUUAUGAUUACAUUUGCGAAGUAUAUAGUUGAUCUAUGACAAAAUCUUGGUUUUAUAUUAUUAUAUAAAAAUAUAAAGCUACCAACGUCAAUAUCAUUCGGAUAUUAAUGAAACAAAAAAUAAGUGAUAAUCAGAUACUUUAUUUUUUUUUAUGUUACAAUACUUUAGCUAAGCAAAUGAAAUACAUAUUUAAUAAUAAAGUAUACAGUAAAACUGGCAUUUUUACAUUAUUUUCCUUGCAACACAUACUUAUUAAAUAUUACAAUCAGUUACAACACAAACAGUAAACACGAGAUUCCAUUUAUAAACAAAACAUAACUUGCCACCUUUUAUUCCUUUAAUGGACAGAUAUAGGUGCAUAGAAUGAACUAUGUGCGUAUCAUUAAUAUAGUAUAACUAAUUCCGAUAGUCAUAUAACAGAUCAACCGCCACGAUCGGCUACAGACAACGAUAAAAACUGGGCUAAACUACCAUUGCCGAAAAUAACCGCCGCUAACUGUAGCGGUCAAAGGUUGAAAUCUUUGUCCACAAAUAUUUUAUUUCAGUUUUACAAGUACUUCACGAUUUUCUUUUCUUAUGGUUUUUAAUAAGAAAAUAAUCCAAUAUGCAUAAUAUCGAUGAUUACAAAAAAAAGCGUCACAGAGAUAAAAAUAUGCAAUUUCUUUAAAAUAUAGUUUACAACUUAGAUUCCUCGCCAUUCACAAAUUCAUUUAAUUUCAUGUGAUCGCGCAUUGAGUUUUCAGUGUGCACAUCAACGAAAGUAAAUGCUGGUAUACCAGGGCUUUCAACAGGAGAAUCCUGGAUGUCUUCAAAUUUUGGCCGUUGUUUGUGUCGUGGUUGUGGUUUACGUUUACGAUUGAUAUCAGACCUCUGAGGUAAAAAGCUUUGCUGUACUAGUUUUCUUUGACAAUCAAUCAAUUUUUCUUUAAUUAUUUUUAGAUAUUCCUUGGCUGUGAAAUCACCUCCUGUUUCUUCCGACAGCAGUAUGCUGAGUCUUUGAGCCUGUUCCAAAUAUAUGAGCGCCUGCCUUAUUGCUUCGAAUUUUUCACUAGAUCGAGCCAUUGCGAUGAAGUGAGGAAUGAAGAAUUCGAGAACAAGACGUCGUCGUAUCUGGUCCAUUUUCAGUGGUAUUGUGUACUGGAAAAUAAAGAGGUUCAUGAGUAUUUUUUGCUGAGCGAGUGGGAGUUGGCAAAGCAUUACUGGGAGUUUUUGAUAGGGUUAGUUCUAGAAUAGUGCUCGAUGUGAGCCUAUGUCAUAUUUGUGCAUGAUGUACCCAUCCCAUGGGACUCAUAACAUAACCUGUGAAGAAUGUAACAAAAGGUAUUAAAUUGAAUCAUGCACUGCACUUCUUUGUCUACCCCUUCGUGGAUUAAGAUACAUGAUAUUGUGUUAAUUGAUGUGAUCAUCGACGUCUUAUAUGAUAAGACGAAUCUCAUAAUAUGAAUGUGAUUAAAGUAAUUAAGGAAAAAUUAAAAGAGUUGGAUAAACUAUAAUUACAAUUUUCAAAUCAAAGCAGCUUACCUGUUUCCAAGCCUCUUUUUGUUGUUUUGUUGUCGUCUUAGAUUUUUUCUUUUCUUCAGUCUUUCUAUGCGCCGCUUUACGCCAUCUAUAAUCUCUGUCGUAAGCCUUGUUUGUCUCCCAAAAGCCAGAUUCAGUUUCGCUCUCUGAACUAUCUUCAUAUUUAGAGGGAGUUACAACUUUAGGUAUAUUUGGAUUGAUCAGACGUAAAGGAUCCUUGCAAGUUAAUAUUUGAAAGAGUCUUCGGCUUUGAAAUUUAGGGUAGAAAUCUCUCUUGGUGUAUUUUAUUUUAUUUAGUGCGCUGAGCAUGUGCAACACAGGAGCCUCAAUGAUCUUCGCUAAUCUACUUUGUUGCUCACGUAACAAGGGAUGCGGUAUAUUUUUAAUUUCAUUACAAUUGUCUAUAAAAUAAUUUGGCAUUCUUGAUUUUGAUAAAUUGCCGUAUAAACUUUCCAGGAAUUCAAGCAAAACUGUACCAAGUUGAUCUUCUGGCCACCUUGCAUAAUUAUCUUCACAUCGCCAAAACAGAUGAUUCUUAAUAUGACUCGCAUCCAAACCAAUUUUAGCGGUUUCGUUUUCAAUAAAGGUCUUAUGCAACGCCAAAGCAAACAAAUAGCAUCGGAUCUGAGCGUGUGCCAAAUAACUUUCUAGGUAACGUUCUACUGCUGGGAAUAUUAAUUUCCAUUGCAAAGGUUGAUUAGGAUUAAGACCUCUUUUAAUUCUAAAUCCUAUUGGUACCAAUAAACAUCCAAAUCCUAUAGCUUUGCUGACCAUAUUUUGAUUAGGCCAUUGGUAAAGAUUAUUAUUUCUCGGAUUUCGUAUGACUUUUCUCUCUCUUAUAAUCCACGGGUUAGCUGCAUUCGGCCAGGCGGCAAAAAGAGCAGGAAAUAUUUCAUAGCCAAACCUGGUGCCAUUUCUAGUAGUAUCACAAUAAAUGCAAGCCCCUUGUGUUAACGCAGAAUGGAUUUCACUGGAAGUAAGCCCUAAUCCAGAUCCCAGAUUCAUUAUAAAAUUAUCAACAAAAAUUUUCAUAAAUCUCAAAGAGUUGAGGUAAUACACACUUUCGAAUAAAUUAGCGGGAUCGAGGGCUUUUUCAUCAUCGUCGUUAUCAUCUUCCUCGGUCUCUUCCCCCAAAACCUUAACAUCAACGGUUGUCCAAGCUUCUUCUGGUAAAGCUCCAGACGUAAGCGAGUAGUUAGAUCUUAAACUGAGUUCUAUUUUCCUAGGCGUUGCCGCCUCAGUUAUAGUAGCAUAUCCAUAGUCUGAUUCGUUUUCACUUAAUUCAACCUGCCUACUACUAGAGUUUGACCUGUAACCUGAAGUUUCAGUGUUAUCAGUAAGAUUACCCUCUGAAACAGCUGAACGCAUUUCAGAUUUUGGGCGUUUUUUUCUGUACAUCGUUGGUCCACUCAACCUUCUUUCACUCAUUAAGCUUGUAGUUUUGGAUAACAUUGGAAAGUAAUUAUCCAUUUCGAAAUUUGUAUUUGAUUCGUACGUAUCAUCUUCCUCGGGUACACAAUCUUCUAUGUUUCGGUGUCGCAUGUUUGAAAUAUCACUCUUAGCUACUUGAAGGCUAUACUGCUUUAUCGGCCCACUGUAUCUCCUACCACCGCCUCCAUUGUUUUGUAUGUGUGACAUUUUGGGCUCAAUAGAUGAAGGCAUCAUUUUAAUGUCCAUCCCAGGUCUAACUUUUUGAAAUGACUCCUCGUCCUUUCUAGAACUAUACGGAAAUUCAUCGGAAGCAUUAGAUUCUUUUGCGGAAUCGGUAUAAAUGCUAUCAUCGGAUUCAGCUUUACUUAUAUUUAUAACUUCAUUUUCUUUAUGUAGAGUACUUUCGAGGACUUCUAUUUUCUUCAAUUUAAUGUAUCCUA